AUGCGAGAAUAUGUACAACAAACCUGUGACCAAGCCCUGGAGCGACUUGCCAAUGGACAGGUUCCCUUGGCUGAGUUGGCCAAAUCGAUGGCCAGGGUCUACAACUUGCCCCAUGCACUGGCCAGACUUGCUGGAGCUGUCGAUGGCAUUUCAUGGACAGACAAAUUCCUGGGGGCCAGAUGCGACUCCUGGAACGAUGGGAUUCCGGUGACGGCCUGCUACAGUGAUGCUCGUGGGUCGAGGACCCGGGAAGUUGACCAUCACAUGUUCCUCCCGCGCGAGAUCUUCGCCUCUCUGCAUGUUCGGGAAUAUUGGGCAGAUCAGGAUCAGCAGUGGUGCCAGAAUCAUCCGAUCCUGAAGGAAUCCGAUUGGGGAGACUGUGUGCCGAUACGCCUAUAUGGCGAUGGGGCUGAGUUCACCAGCAGCCUGUUGGCAAAUCAGUGUUGUGCUCGCAAGAACAUUCAUGAUUUCAAUUGUGCGCUGUCGUGUUUGAACAUGUGCUACCACGGCGAGCAGACACGCCAAAAGAUACUGGAAACAAUUGCAUGGAGCCUGGAAGCAUUAGCAAGUGGGAAAUAUCCCGCAAAUGACCCUUGGGGUGUUCCCUUCAGCAAAAGCUACGAAGGGCAUCGUUUCAAGAAGGCCGGUGCAAACCUAGUGGAAACAGCUGGUGCAGCCACCCGUGGAAUUUUCGAUGGGAUACAAGCUGAUUUGGAGUUCGUCAAGCGGAUUCUAUGCCUGAAACGAGACUUGGUUUGA